AUGCUUCGUAUGGAAGUCCAAAAAAAAGGUCUACGUCUUGAGGAGAAGAGGACUCGCAUGAUGGAGAUUUUCUUUGGGACAAAAGAAGUGUUUCAGCUUAAGGACACAGAGAAAAUCGCCCCCAAGACUAAAGGAAUAACACCCAUGUCAGUGAAGGAGGUUCUCCAGAGUCUGGUGGAUGACAACAUGGUGGACUGUGAGAGAGUGGGCACAUCAAACUACUACUGGGCCUUCCCCAGCAAGGCCCUGCACGCCCGCAAGCGCAGGUUGGAGGAGCUGGACAAGCAGCAUACCGAGGAGAAACAAAGGAAGAUGUCUCUGCAGCAGGCUGUCGAUAAAUCAAAAGUAGGACGUGAAGAAACCGAAAGUCCAAUGUCACAGCUAAAGAGGCAGUGUCCAGAUGGACAGAUAACGUCUUUGCCAUCAAAUCGUGGGCCAAGAGGAAGUUUGGUUUCGAUGACGGACGCAUCGAUAAAGCCGGGAUACCUGAAGACUUUGAUUACAUGGACUGACUGCACGAUCUGUAAUUUCUAUUAAUUGUUUUUGUUAAUUGAGUGACAGCCAUUGCACACAUUGCAACACAAGUCAGACAUGUUACUUAAAUCCACUCAGACCAGCCCCUCAAACAGCCUUAUGCUUUUCGUAGUUGACUUGGAGCAGCUGCCAUUUUGACGUUCGCUCAUGGCCCUCGCAGGGGCAAAUGCUGCUUCUGUGGAACAUGAGAAGGCGCUGUGCUAACCUUUUGGCUGUUUUGUCCGUGGUGGGGGGGGCCCUACAUUUGGGACACCUGUUUGCAUGAAAAUCAAGAGCCCAGAGUCGUUGACGGAAAUUAGUUGUCCAGCACCCCACACUCCACACACAGAAAAAGAAGCGGCACAUCAAACUCCCAUGCGAUGUUAAAAAUCUGACCUUAACUGAUUUAAACAGAUGGAAAUGAAAACAGCCACUCGUGGUGUUUUUUUGCUCUCCCCAUCUCUCUUUUCGUAAUUUACUUUGACAAAAGAAGCAUCUGCCACUGUGGCACCAGGACUGACUGAAUUUUCUUUAUCUCCUGUUUAAAUCAAAAGAGGGAGAGGGUCGUUGUGGACAAAACGUGCUUGGUGAUUGACAAUGCAGUGGCAUGGAGAGCAAUGCCAGGAGCACCGAAACACACACAGAAGAGCCACUGAAAUAUCGUUGAGGAGGCUUUACAGUGGGGAUAUGUUUAGAAUUCACAAUUUAGAAGAGCCAUAAAUUAUAACUCCCUGUAAAUGUGCUUUAUAGUCUUGUGGCUCUGUAGACUUGAGACUGAGCUGUUCAGGUUUUGUUGUUGUUAACAUGAUGGAUGAUUUGUUUGAAUGGAGAGGUGAAUGACCGGUAACAUUUCAGUCUUUAUGUUUUCUUACUUAAUAACUGUUUUUUUUCCACAGGCCUACAUGUACCUUAAUUGAUUUCAUAUGCCUUGAAUUUCCAAGCAACAGGGUGAAUGCAUCACCUUUUCAUUUUCUGUCAGAACUGGAAUGUGGCGAAAACCUUGCAAACAUAAAGGGCAGCAUUUUUCUGCUGUACGCCGGGAUUUAUUCCAACGUGGUAAGAGCAGAAGGGGUAUUGUAGUCGUGAUCGGUUCAGAAUUAGUUUUGUGCUUUUGCUAACUUUAAGUUUUGACUGUUUUUGUAAAACUGCACAAACAAUGGGUAGAAUUGCUGUGGUCAUUGAGUUGACUGGCCAGAUGCCAUUAUAUUACUAGGGGUGAAAUGUCAACCCAUUUGUUCAAAAUGAAAGUAUCCACACAGAUCCUACCCAUCUCUUCACGUUGUUCAAACUGUACAUGGAUUGUCACUGCAAUUACUUACUGCUGUAUCCUUAUGCAUGUUUUUAAAAUGUUCAAUGUAUUCAUAAUUCCAUGCUCCCAUUAUAGCAGAUUCAGCAUUAUUGUACAUAAGGAAAGGGGGCUAUCUAAUCAGUUGUAAAACUGAAUGCAUUCUUCUGAAAACUGUCUUCCGCAUUUAACCAAAUGCCUCAACCUCUGAAUCAGAGGCGUGUAGGGGGUGGCUUUAUUCACAUCCAUGUAAUCAGUGCCUGGGGAGCAGUUGUUGUGGGAGGUUAAUGGCCGUGCUCAGGGGCAGAACGGUAGAUUAUUACCUAGGCGGCUCUGAGAUUUGAUCCAGCAACCUUUCGAUUACCAGCCAGGCUCCUGCCGCCCAGUAGGACCUGCUGCUACAAAUAUACUAAUACUGAACAAAAAUAUAAACGCAACAUGUAAAGUGUUACAUGAGCUGAAAUAAAAGAUCCCAGAAAUA